AUGCUGGACCAAGAAAGAGGACGCGUAAAACAAAGCGCCACGUGGAACCAUCUACAGCUGCAGAAGGAGAGCCAUAAUCUACACCUACAGCUGCAGAAGGAGAGCCAUAAUCUACACCUACUGCUGCAGAAGGAGAGCCAUAAUCUACAUCUACAGCUGCAGAAGGAGAGCCAUAAUCUACAUCUACAGCUGCAGAAGGAGAGCCAUAAUCUACACCUACAGCUGCAGAAGGAGAGCCAUAAUCUACACCUACAGCUGCAGAAGGAGAGCCAUAAUCUACACCUACAGCUGCAGAAGGAGAGCCAUAAUCUACAUCUACAGCUGCAGAAGGAGAGCCAUAAUCUACAUCUACAGCUGCAGAAGGAGAGCCAUAAUCUACAUCUACAGCUGCAGAAGGAGAGCCAUAAUCUACACCUACAGCUGCAGAAGGAGAGCCAUAAUCUACACCUACAGCUGCAGAAGGAGAGCCAUAAUCUACACCUACAGCUGCAGAAGGAGAGCCAUAAUCUACACCUACUGCUGCCUUUUGGACUUUCUAGGCUAUUCCCCAAAAAAUGUCCUGAGCGGAUCCGCCAAGUCUGCAGCGGACCAGCAGCGCCACCGCGGCAGAUCCUCAGUGAAAAGACUGUUAUCCGCGGCAAGACUGCCACGGGUCCGCCACGGUCCGCCGCGGUCCGCCGCGGUGUGCAAGUGAAAUCCAAUGCAGACCCGAUCUAG